UAGACUUUGUUCGAUUCCAUGGUGGUUUUGAUAUGUAUGCUUUGGGUUUCGUUGAUCGAGAUUGUUAUUACUUGUUAGUUGAUUGUUAGAUUUACAAAUUUGGGUGUGUUUUUGUGCGCCACUCAGGUUCUAGGGCUUUUUCUCUCUUCACUCCGUCUUCUUGUAGUUAGAUCCCGGGGAAAUCAUACACGAAUUCGGGAAGCCCUCAUUCUCUUUGUCUUCGUUCAACAUCGAAGCAUAAUCUUCAACUAAGUAUUGAACUCUUUAGUCUAGAGUGUGGCAACUAUUUAAAAAAAAAAAAACUGUGUUUGAAUGUCAAAAGUGAAUAUUAGUGUUUUUUGGUCUUAUUUUGUAUCUCGAGAGUGUGUUUCAUUGGGGUUAAUUGGUUUUAUGAAUUUCUGUGUGUGACAUUCAGUUAAAAGAGGUUUUCUCUUUCUCCAGGUUUAUGUUAGUUUGAUUGCAAAUAAUCUUUUAUCAAAAUCCAAUGGCCAAGGGAGUUGAUAAGAAGUUUUGUUGGGAGAUAAAGGAUUUCUCCUCUUUGAACUCUGAGAGAUGUAAUUCUGUUCCAGUCGUGAUUGGUGACUACAAAUGGCGUCUUGUUGCCUUUCCUAAGGGAUAUAAAGCAGAUUACUUUUCUUUGUAUUUAGAAGUUGCUGAUUUUCAAUCAUUGCCUUGUGGAUGGAGAAGAUACGUCAAAUUUAGCGCAAGUAUAGUAAAUCAGCUUUCGCAAGAACUCUCUGUACAACAAGAAACACACCGCUGGUUUGAUCAGAAUGCUCGCGGAUGGGGUUUUGAAAACAUGCUUCCACUUACCGAACUUAAUGCCAAAGAUGGUGGAUUUUUGGUAAAUGGACAAGUCAUGAUUGUUGCUGAAGUAGAAUUUCAUGAAGUUAUUGGCACACUAGAUGAAUCAAAGAAUAUUAUUCUGUCUAAUGAUUUACUCAACAAGAGUCGAGAAGUGGCUCAACAAGUGAAGGAAAGCAUUGAUGUUAAUGGGUUUCAAGUUCUUCCUUCACAGGUAGAAUCUGUGAGCCGUAUUUUUGAAAAGCACCCAGAGAUUGCAGUAGGGUUCCAAGUAAAGAACCAACAUCUGAGGAAAACAUUCAUGAAUUUCCUGGUCAACGUAAUUGAGACGCUGUGUCAAUCUCUUCAGGAGCUCUCAAAUGAAGAUCUUGUGGAAGUAGACAUUGCACUGACAUAUUUGAAAGAUGCGGGAUUUAAGGUGGAUUGGUUGGAGAAGAAGCUGGACCAAGUGAAAGAAAAGAAGGAGAAAGAACAAUCUGGUUUGGUCAUACUCCAAGGAAUUGAGAAGCAGCUUCAUGACUUGAUGCACAAGUGUGAGAAGAAGAAGUCAGAGGUUUUGUCCAUUGGAGCUCCUCUAAAGUUCGAUGAUGUUGUUUGAUCACACUUCACUUUUAUUACGCAUUUUUUGGUGUUCUUAAACCGGUGUCACCGUAACCCGGCAAUCUGUUUUUAUUUCUUUAGACUCACAUAUAUAAACAGGCUAAACUCAAUAAAAUCUGCCGGUUUGGUUCAUUGAAAAAAACCGGUUCAGGCUAAAAUAAA